AUGGGUGGUCUAGCGACUUGCCGAGACUCGGUCCGUUCUAUCAAAGCUUAUCGACGGGGACUAGAGGUCAAGCGAGGAUGGUUAGCUCAAAGCACGCCACCUACUACGAACUCCGAUCCAAUCGUGUUCACAGAGGCCGACGCAUCAGGUCUAACUGGGCCUCAUAACGACCCACUGGUGGUCGAGAUGGAGUUCGGCGAAAGCAUGGUUACCAAAAUCUUGAUCGACAUAGGUAGUUCGAUAAAUGUCAUUUUCAAAGACGUGCUCAUUCAAAUGGAAAUCAACCUGCGGACCACUGAGCACGAUGUUCAACCUCUCACCGGAUACGACGGUGACACGGUGAUGACGGAAGGCACGAUCAUGCUACCAGUUUAUGUGGGUGGGACGAUGCAUUGCAUCAACUUUGCUAUCGUCGACAAGCCGAUCGUAUCCAACGUCAUCCUCGGUACUCCUUGGCUGCAUAAGAUGAAGGCUGUGGCGUCAACUUACCUCCAGUGCGUAAAGUUCCCAACUCCUAGAGGAAUAUUUACACUACAAGGGGAACCGCUGGUAGCAAGAACCUGCUUCAUCAUUGUGCGACAAUAA